GUGUAAUGCGAGGGCGUGAAUAAUGGCGCCAUGAUGGUGAGGACCGGGGAGGCGGAUCGACAAUGACGUCAGACGGAAGUUCGAGGGAUUGCUUUUCCGCUGUUGUUCAUAAAGUUUGUUGAAUUAAGGCUCUUCAUGGCAAUGCGGUUGCUGCAGGGCGUACUGCCGCGAUUGGGCUUCAUAACCCAAUCUGUAUUUUCUUCCAACCAACUCCUGAAAGGCCAAACGUAUGGACACGUCGCAGGGCCUCUCCCUGCUAUACAGGUGUCUCCACAAACAGAGGAUGACAAAGUUUUGAACGACCCCCUGAAACAUCCUGAUUUCUUCCAUGUCAGUGAGCUCUUCACUGUCCAAGACCUCUUCGACGCCAGGGUGCACUAUGGUCACAAAAGAGGAUGUCGGAACAGGCUGAUGGAACCAUAUCUAUUUGGGUGCCGAAUGGAACAGGACAUUAUAGACUUGGAUCAGACCAUUCUUCACCUUCAGCAGGCUCUAAACUUCACUGCCCAUUGUGCAUAUCGGAAAGGGAUCAUCCUGUUCGUAAGUCGAGCCCGUCAGUUUUCUCAUCUGAUAGAGAAAACAGCACAGGAGAGUGGAGAGUACGCGCACACCAGAUAUUGGCAAGGUGGGCUCCUGACCAAUGCGCACAUCCAGUAUGGCCUUGGUGUUCGCUUGCCUGAUCUCAUCAUCUUUAUUAACACCUUAAACAAUGUAUUUGAACAGCACGUUGCUGUGCGAGAUGCUGCCAAAAUGAACAUUCCAACAGUAGGAAUAGUGGACAGUAACUGUAAUCCAAGUCUCAUUACUUAUCCCAUCCCAGGGAAUGAUGACUCUCCUUUGGCUGUUAAACUUUAUUGUAAACUUUUUAAAAUGACCAUUCUCCGGGCAAAGGACAAAAGACGUCAAAUGGAGCUUCUCCAUGGACUCCAGAAAGAAUGAACAAAGUGAAGUGAUUAAUAUUCUGAAACAGCUGCCAUCAGCCAAAGGAAUCUGUAAAAACAGGAGGAAGUGUCCAUUGUAAUAAAAAAAAUUUAACACAAUAUGUUAAUUUA